AUGAAUGUGGAUCUUACCGGAUGCUGUGGGGAUAUGGAAAACUGUUCAAAGAGCGUGAAACAACAAUAUAUUCUGAUGCACCAUAUUAAAGAAGGUCUACACAUUGUAGGCACUGUUACGAACUUUACGAUUCCAGACAACAAGGACCAGUUGUAUGUGAUUGAUGAGGUGAUUGAAAAAGUGUAUUUCUCCAAGAGCAGGGUAAUGGACUAUUACUUAAAAUUACAAGAUAUAUCGCGUAAGGUACAGAAAUAUUCUCCCACCAAUGAAAAGCCGCUAGAAGCGUCACCAUCCAAAAGGAAAUCAGCAAGAUUGCAAGAAAGUAGCAUUUUGCAUUACUCCUUACACUAA